AUGGCAACGGCAAUCCAACUGCAAACGUCUGAGCGGACCGCAGACAUGACGUCUGCGAGCUACUUCGAGGACGUCAUCAUGACAGAAGCGCCGCCUCUUCCGGAGUCCGCCACUCUCCGCGACAAUCCGCGUGCAGCGGAACCAACGGAACAGCGGAGCCCCCUUUCCGAGCGCCUGCUGAACGCCUGCGUUCCGGCGAUCCGCCGCAGAGCAAGGAAGUCCCUCGGCGGAAAGGAGAACAAGGUCGGCGCUUCGUCAACCCCUGCGCAGCCCAGAAGAGAGUCUUCUACUUCGACGCAGUCAGAAGUGUUGGAACCCUCUACGCAGAUGAGAAGGGGCCUUUUUGCACCGAGUUCAGAGACUCUCGUUUUGGACGAAAACGGGAUGAUUGUAGAGAGCCUCGCAAACGGGGGCGAUCCGCUGGCAAAGUUCGAUUUUAAGAUGGAGUCCGCGGAAGCGGAAAGGCGGAAGGAAGCGCGUGGAGUGUUCUGCGAUGACUUAGGGGCAGAUCCUGACGAUGCUGACGUCAUGGAGACGUACCUGAGAGCUCUCCGCGGAGGCUCUGGGGAAUUCGGCGGUCGGGCAGAGAAAAGACCGAAGCCGUUCUGGAUGAGGCGGCUCGGGUGGCGUACCCCGGGCGCUCAAGGAUUCCGGUUCCGGCCCGGAAAAGCGAUUCCGAACGGCGACGAGAUGGUCUUCACGAGCGAAGAAGAGCAGCGCCGCUUCUUCCGUUACUACCCGGACGGAAAGGCCUUCCCCGGGCGGAGCCCUCCAUCGCAGCGCGCCACGUUGCAGAACAGGGAAUGCCACGUGGCAGGAUUGGCCCGGGAGAAGACGCCCCGGGCGAGACUCGCCGACGAAACGUUCGACGAUUCGUGGAAGAUGGAGAUGCUGCUCGCGCAGGGGCGGAAGCUCGAUGACCUCAGCAUGCUGGCGGAGGAGUUCGUCUGCAACAGCCCGUACCGCUCCGCGCGCGCGGCCACGUGGCUCAAGGAGAUGGACGCGCGGCGCGGCCCCCUGGACCUGCGCGGGGGAUCCCCUACGGGGUACGUCGCCUGCGGGCGAUGCGGCCGGAAGGGAUCCCCCGAGCAGAUGACGAAGUGCAAGGGCGGGGUGACGUCACGUUUGCUCGGUGGAAAGAGUUCCGGGGCAGAAAAGGGGGCCUGUGAAGAGGGAAGAGGGGCGCCCGGAAAAUGCGGUCGGGAGCUCUGCAAGGGAUGCCGGUCGGAGUGUGCGCAGUGCGGGGAGGCGGUCUGCGGCAAGCACAGCUGGUCAGCCGGUUUCGGGUGCUCUCGACUGAGGUUCUGCCUGACGUGUGGUCCAAGCUCUGCAAACGCUUCGAAGGCUGCUGACGUCACAGAGCGUCACCUGGAUGACUUCCCAUGCACUCUUUGCGACUCUAUGCCACUCUGA